CACUUACAUAAGAAGAUGGGACAGCACCAACAAGCUUGAGACUGCGAAGGGCAACAUGUAUUUACGUUAUCUUCUACUUCUGUUUGCAUUAUCUGAUUCCUGCUGGGGCUGCCAAAAGAAUCACAGAUCAGAUGUAGAUGUAGAAGAACCAAGAGAGCCCAUUGACAUUACCUUGAAGCUCGACUGUCCUUUUCGUUCUGACACAUGGCGCACUUUAGCCGACAUAAAGUAUGACACUCCAACAGUAAGCUUGUUGGAGUCGAAAUAUAAAAGGUAUAUCAAGAAAGAUGAUCCGAACAAAUGUUGUGAUGUAACAUGUUCCCUGAAUACAUCUCCCGAAACACUAGAACAGUCGAAUGCAACUCAGGAAGGUGUCGAAAAUGCAUCGACAACAGCAACCGCAAAUGAAAUGUAA